AUGGGACUCGGUUCGGGCCACGUGCCGCUCAGGACCGCCGCCCGUUGGGUCGCAACUCGCAACACUGGAGGAAAAUUCGCCGUCCACCAGAAACAGAAGGCACGAUCAUCAGCGAAUUGGCGCGAAAACUAUUAUCCCUCAUCCAGCAUCCGGUGUACACUCCUUCGUCUUUUACCGACCUCCGAUGCUCUAAACCCCUUGGGCCUCUACUUUGCAUCGUCUAACAUCUGCACCGUCAAGCUUUUGCUGCAUUGGGAUCUCAUGUCCGUCCAGGCAUUCAUCAGUGGGACCAGCGGCAACUUCCGCCUCGGAGAUAUUCACGAUGAGUUGCUUUACUUCUGCUUUGCGCUCAAUUCUCUCCUGAUUUUCUCGUUCAUCCUCAUUUCAAUUACCCAUCUUCUGCCCGCGUUUGCAGAUGCUAAAAAGGACACCCGACGUACUCCGUAG